AGCUCCCAUGCACGGUGUGGGACAACAGGGGCCCAACUACAAAUCUUUGCCCCACAGCCCCUUGAGUCGUUGAUCCGGCUGUGAAAAGAGUUCGACCCAGUUGAACACCUAUGGAAGAUUUGUGUUCAUGACAGUGGAAUACAGGCAGAGAGAAAUCAAAAGUGAAAGUGCUGCGCUCUGAAUAAAGGCUGGGCGAAGGAAGGACAGGAGGCAGAAAGAAAACAGAAGACAAAGGAAACUCUUCUAAUCUGGACCACAGCAAAUACACCAAGAUGCAAUGCCCCCGAGAUGAGGACGCACUCAUCCCUCGGCCUCGCGGGAGUUUGCCUAAGGUGUGUGCUGCAGCGCUUGCUGCCAUAACAAUACUAGGCACCAUGGCACUGUCUCCCGAAAGGUUACUUGGCUGGGUUGCCAUGGUAACACUGACCUUGACCCUUGGCCCUUUGCUGCACGGACUCUGCCUGGUGGUGGAGGAGAUGCUGAACCAUUCCAAGACAAGGUAUCGAGGCCGAGGGCUGCUGGGACAUGUACUGCAAGCCAGCGGUCUUAUGGGGAAGACUCUGCUGGCUGCAGGACUAGCAGUCCUUCUGCUCUACCUGGUCGGAAAUCCUCUGCCACACAAAGGCCAGUGCUGGAAACUCCUCUUCCUGGCCUCAGCUGUUUACACACUGUUUAAAAGCCUGGGAGUUCUGGCUCCGUCAGAGGUGGAGGUGUCAGACAUCUGCGAGGGAAGGAAGAUGAAUGUGGCCCACGGCCUGGCCUGGUCUUUCUACCUGGGUUACCUGCGACUGGUGCUGCCACGUUUGGAGGAUUCCAUCAAAGCAUUUAUUGCCAAACAUCAGGAGAGCUUUACCUUCUUGGAUCGCGGCUCCAAAAAGCUCCUUAUUCUCAUCCCUCUCAACGCCAGCAUCUCUGACAAACUGGAAGACCAGGACGACCGCAUCUGUUUUUAUGACAACCUCCCCAACAACGAGAUCAACAGGGCAGGGGUCAGAGGCCGAGUCUACAAGCACAGUGUUUACAGAGUACAGGAUGAGCAGGGGAAGGCCCAUGAUUGUGUGGUGGAGUAUGCAACACCUCUGCUGACGCUCUAUAGCAUGUCCCAAGAGAGCAGCGCUGGUUUUGGGGAGCCUGAGCGCAGACAGCAGGUCCUGCUGUUCUACAAGACCCUUCAGGAAAUCCUGGACCGCUCGCUGGAGUGUCGAAACCGCUACAAACUCAUCCUGCUCAAUGAUGAGCAAGAAGAUGACUCCCAUGCCCUGUCCAAGGCCAUCCUCAGACACCUGCAGCAGCAGGAGAAAGAAGAGUUCUGCCUCACCCCACCUCCGAACCAGGAGAUGGCGCACCCCUUUGCUAGUAGGUCAAGUAACCCUCCAAAUUCUGUGCCCAUGAACGGUGUAUGGCACUGCCAGGAGGCAAUGAGCAGUGAGCCCACACUCGAGAUCAGCAUGGAGAAACCUCAGCCUCUAAAGGAACCUGUGGAGAACACCGAGCAUUUUGAUAGCCUGACAUAAACACACAGAGAGAGGAACACACACACUCCUCUCCUGUCAUUCUAUAAUCUUGUUAUAUAAACCUCCCAGAUUAGUAAUUAAUAAUAACCUCUUGAUAUUUUCUGGUAUCUGAGCUUCUUAAAGGUUUUAUAUACAGGUUCUAAGGCCUGUGUUUCAAUUAAAUAUAAUAAUGUUAAAUAAGUACAAACCUUUGCUUAAAUGUAGAGUUGACCUUUUCUAUAAUUGAUGGUUUAGAUCGUGAGAGUUUGAGGAGCUACAGAGCUGCCUGACCAGUGUUGAGUAAAAUUGUUAACAAAAUAAUACAUUAGGAUUAGUUUUAAUAUUAGACUGAAUUAAGAAUUU